AUGGACGCUGGCCAUACCGGGACUCCGUACCUGGAUUUCCAGGUCAAGUUAAUAGACGUACCGGAAAUGAACCUUCUUGUCUCCCGCGUAGGGAUUGGUGAGAUAUGCGCGAAGGGCGAGGCCUGCACAAGAGGCUAUUAUAAAGACCAAGUUAGCACGAAUGAACUUUUCGAUGAGGACGGUUUCAUACGAACCGGAGACAUUGGGACUUGGACCUCA